GUUGAUCAUGCAUCCAUCCCUCCACCACUGUUCCUACGUCGGUCCCAAUCUGCGGGGCGCGGUAGUGAUCGACCGCCUAACCGAAUUGAGCUAGUCUUGUCUCGCUCGCGCUUUGAGACUCUCUCAUGCCAGAAGCACCCAACCUCCGUGACAGCGACAAACCGCCUCUAUACAGCUCAACCCAGCAGCAAGCGAUUGCGCAUCCGGUCGAGACGAUCCAUUCAUCCCUCCAUCCGCGAUUCCACCACCUACCCAGGCCCGCCGACCCACCUCGUGCAGCGAGGCUCCACCGUCACAAUGGCAGCACGAAAGCUCCAGCAGGAGAUCGACAAAUGUUUCAAGAAGGUCAAUGAAGGGGUCGCCAUCUUCGACAGCAUACAUGAGAAGAUGCACCAAACGACAAAUCAAGCGCAGAAGGAGAAGCUUGAGGAUUCAUUGAAGAAAGAGAUCAAGAAGCUGCAACGGUCGCGCGACCAGAUCAAAACAUGGGCGACCAUGGGCGAGAUCAAGGACAAGAAGCCGUUGUUGGACCACAGGAAGCUAAUAGAAACACAAAUGGAGCGGUUCAAGGCGGUGGAGAAGGAAAUGAAGACCAAGGCGUACUCAAAAGAAGGACUGCAGCUUGCGUCUAAACUAGAUCCAAAAGACAAGGAAAAGGCGGAAGUCAUUGAGUUUUUACAACAAAUGACUGAGGAAUUGGAGCGACAGGUGGAAAUGCGCGAGGCCGAGGUGGAAACCCUGCAGGCUGGCAUGCGCAAAGGCAAAAAGGAUACCGCCAAAGCCGACGCAAUACAGGAGCUGGAGUCGGGCGUCGAGACACACAAGGAUCAUAUCAACAAACUGGAACUGCUGCAGAGAGCACUACAGAAUAGCAGUAUCGAGACGGAUCAGGUCAAGGAAAUCGAGGAUGGCAUCCGAUAUUACGUGGAAAACAACCAGGAGCCCGACUUCAUGGAGGAUGACACAUUAUACGAUGACUUGAAUCUCGACGAGGAAGAGGCUAUCUUUGGCAUGGGAGCUGAUGUAGACCAUGUCUCGUCACAAGAUGCACAAUCCAUACAUGACGAUACGCCUGAACCAGAGAUUCGAACAACUAGUCUGGGUACAAAGUCAAAAUCGGUAGAGGCAGUGCAAUCAAGUGCGCGAAGACCGUCAACGCAGAUGAAAUCGCCCCUGCCAGCGUUGGCGACGCUGCAUACUCCUUUGCCUGGUACCUCAAGUUCGUCGGCGAAUUCCAUGAAACCCGCGCCGAUACCGACACGGACACCCGGGGAGCCACUGAAAUAUGCGUCUGCAGCUGCUGCAGCUGCAGCAAGCGACAGGAAUGGCGUCGGGAUAGCUCCUUUACCCCCACCACCGAGCACAUUGAACGCAGCACAGGCUAGCAUAGCAUCGACAGGGGCGCGAACGAGUGCAGCCAGCUCGCCGGCACCGUCACAUCCUCAACCGGUACCGCAACCUCUACCCGAAAUCACACACCAAAUUCAAUCGUCAAAAUCUCCGGCCCCGUCCUCAGUCACCCCGGCUACAGGUGCCCACGAGAAGACGCCUUUGUCACGUGCUACGACUUCGUCUGAUGACGCGGGACCGUCUCAGAGGGCAGAUGAAGAAGAGGCAACGUCGGUGACUCCACCUUUGACAAAUGGAGAGUCACAUGUGGAAGAUGAAGAGGAGGAGGAGUCGGUGUACCAUCUCCCAUCCAAUCUACAAGAUUUGCUGGAUUCCUUUGAGGCUACUAAGCAUGACAUCACUACAUCAUCGUCGAAACCCCCAGAUGAGCGCAUGCUCAGCGUCUCCAUGAACACGGCACCGGAUUCCGCGGACACGGAAGCCCCGCGCCAUUACCGCCCCCAAAACUCGUAUCCUUAUACACCUUCGCACUACCCGCAGGAGCCGCUGGCAAUAUUCGACGACCCGCGCCUAUACUCGCGCAUCGAGACGGAUGCUCUGUUCUACGCUUUCUACUAUCGGCAGGGAACGUACCAACAAUAUCUAGCAGCCAAGGCCCUCAAGUCCCAGAGCUGGAGGUUUCACAAGCAGUACCAAACGUGGUUUCAGCGCCAUGAGGAACCCAAGGCCAUAACGGAAGACUUUGAGCAAGGAACGUACCGGUUCUUCGACUACGAGAGCACCUGGAUGAACCGUAGAAAGGCGGAUUUCAGAUUCGCGUACAAGUUCCUGGAGGACGAACUAUGAGUUCC